CUGCAGACGCCUGGCGAUAAAAGGCUCCGAGGGAGGAAAUGCCAAAAUCGCAGCGUUUCGCUCCGUGCUGAGCACCCACUGGCCCACCCCCGGCAAGGAUCGGCGUCCUCGGCCCUGGCACCCCGCUCUUGCCGCCACCCCCGUGCCAUGAAGGCGCUCAGCCUUGGCCUGGUGGCCCUGACCUGUGCUACAACUGCUCUGUGCGCUGCCGGUGCCCAGCGCCGGGCACUGGAGGGGAGCAACCGCCGGCGGUACCACCGGGUGCAGCACGGCCACUGCAGCUACACCUUCGUGCUGCCCGAAGCUGACCCGCCGCCAUGCCAACCUGUGCCAGCCGUGUCCGGCCCUGCCAACGUUCUGCUGCAGCGGGACUCACCGGUUGGCAUCGCUCACGCCAGCCACGGGGCCACCCAGCGCCUGCGGCACCUGGAGAGGAUCCUGGAGAACAGCACCCAGUGGCUGCUGAAGCUGGAGAGCUCCAUCCAGAGCAGCAGGCAGCCGGCGGCGGAGCUGCGGCAGACGGCGGUGCGGAACCAGACAGCCACCAUGCUGGAGAUCAGCAGCAGCCUGCUCAACCGCAGCGCCGAGCAGAGCCGCAAGCUCACCGACGUGGAGGCCCAGGUGCUGAACCAGACGCUGCGCAUCGAGAUGCAGCUGCAGGAGAACUCCCUGUCCACCACCAAGCUGGAGAAGCAGCUGCUGCUGCAGACCAACGAGAUCCACAAGCUGCAGAACAGGAACAACAUCCUGGAGGUGCGGGUGCUGGAGAUGGAGACGAAGCACCAGGCAGAGCUGGCAGGGGCCCGCUCGGAGAAGGAGAAGCUGCAACGCCUGGUGAGCCAGCAAAGUGGCACCAUUGAGGAUCUGGAGAGGUCACUGCUGGCCACCAGUGCCAACACCAGCCUGCUCCAGCGCCAGCAGCUCCAGCUCCUCGAGUCGGUGCAGAGCCUGGUGCAGAGCCUCGUUGCCCAGGGCAGAGCCCCACUGCCCGGGCAGGAGAGACUCUUCCAGGACUGUGCCGAGGUUCUCCGGGCGGGCAUCCAUACCAGCGGGGUCUACACCCUCCACAUUGCCAACCUCAGCCAGCCCAAGAGGGCGUACUGUGACAUGGAGACGGAGCGCGGGGGCUGGACGGUGAUCCAGCUGCGCACCAACGGCAGCCUCAGCUUCCAGCGCAGCUGGCAGGAGUACAAGCAGGGCUUUGGGGAUGCAGCAGGCGAGCACUGGCUGGGCAACGAGGCCGUGCACCUCCUGACCAGCCGGGCACCCUACGCCCUGCGAGUGGAGCUGCAGGACUGGGAGGGCACCCAGGUCUAUGCCCACUAUGCAAAAUUCCAGCUGGGAAGCGAGAAGCAGCUUUACAGACUGUCACUACAGGACUACAGUGGCACAGCCGGGCAGCAGAGCGGCAUGGCACUGCAGGGCACUCGCUUCAGCACCCGCGACGCUGACAACGACAACUGCCUCUGCAAGUGUGCCCAGAUGCUGUCAGGAGGUUGGUGGUUCGAUGCCUGUGGCCUCUCCAACCUGAACGGGAUCUACUACCCUGCCCGGCACAACAUCCGCAAGCUGAACGGCAUCCGCUGGCACCACUUCCAGGGGCCCAGCUACUCCCUGAAGGGCACCCGCAUGCUGAUACGGCCUGCCAGCUUCUAGCGUGCCAGCCUGGCAUGGAAGGAGGGGUCCAGGAGAAGGGACAGUCGGGGGAGGCCUCCCGGGAAUGUUUCCCCCCCACUCACACCCAGUUCUAUUUGCGUUCUCGUUUCUCCCUCCUGCUGGCAGCCUUCGCCUCACCCAGAGCGGCUGUGACGCCGCGGCUGUGCCAGGGGGGCCCGCGGGCGGUGGCAGGGUGCUCUGGUGCCUUUGAGUCAGUGCCAGCCCCACUGCAGCGCGCUCUGGCACCCACUCAGCCCCACCUCAGCUUCUCAUCCCAUCACGCCGCUGGGCAUCAGGUUUUCGCCCCAGGGAUGGGGGUCUGAGGAGCAGGGAGGGUCUUUGGGGACCCUGAGGGGACCAGCCCGGGGCUGGCAUGGCUGAGUGCCCCAGAGUGGAGCGGGGCUGCACUGGCAGGUGGCUGGAAGGGAAGGCACUGGCGGACUGCGACCAGUACCCUGGAGAGGGGUGAGGGACAUCGGGACAGGUUGUCCUCCCCGUGGGGGCAGUGGGACCCGCUGGCAGGGUUCUGGCAUCAGCACCACCCGGGCACAGGGCAGCGAGGAGUCUUCCGACACCCUGCCCUCGGCGCUGGCCCGAGGCAUUCGCUAAUUAACGCUGAUUAAAGCCCUGAGGUGGUUGCCACUGCCAGGAGA